AAAAAAUCCAGGUCUCGAGCGCCCCUGGCUGCCAAGCCCUCAUAGCCUGGGCAGAACACCUCCACAGCAGACCGUAACGCAGCACGAAUUCGACAAGAGAGAUGGCCGACACCGACGCCACCGCCGCGCCCGCCGCGCAGACGAAGAGCCCGAGCAAGGCCAUGGUCUCUGGCGGCGCCGCGGCGACGCGCGAGCCCCGGAAGCGCACACGCAGCCCACCGCCCGCUUCACCGAAAGGACGAAGCCGUAGGGAAUUACCAACACAUGCCGUCGAGAUCCUCAAGGCCUGGCUCACGAGCCCGCAGCACUUCCACCACCCCUACCCGACGCAGAUCUCGGCGUCCCGUUGUGUAGAGGCGCCUUCACGCCAUCGACGCGCGUCGUCUCUAGGAAUGAUGGAAGUGGGUGAUUUCUUUUUCGUUAUUGAGGCCGUUCGGACCGAGUCGCGAGACCGCGAUGCUCCGCGCAGGCCGGAGGACCAGCAGUCGCUCAUGGCCCAGACCGGUAUUGAUAAAAAACAACUGAAGAACUGGUUCACGAACGCAAGGCGCCGCAUCUGGAAGCCCAUGCAGCGGAGCGCGGCGUCGCACGACUACGACGAAGACGGUGGAUACUACGAGGAAGAUGAGAGUAGGGCGGCGCACGACGUCCUGGCCUUCGCCUCGGCGGCGGACCGCGCGCGCGCCGUCACCGUCGACUCGGCGGGCUCGUCCCCGUCGUCGCACCCCGCGGAGGGUGGGUUGUUCGACGACUUCGUCCUCGACGCGCCGGCGCCUUCGUUACGUCCGCCGAAGCGCGCGCGCACGGAGUCUUCAGUAUCAAGUGCGCGGUGCCCCUUCUGCCGCCGCGGUCGGGUGGACACGCAGCUCAUGCCCUGCGCGCACCUCUUCCACGGGCAGUGCCUGAGACCCUGGCUCGAGGCGACGGUCACGACGCCCGUCUGCCCGCUGUGUUCGGUGGCCAUCUCGAACUGCGUCCUCGCGACGGCCGGCCGCGACGAGCCCGCGGCGGCGCAGUACUGACUUCGCGAGUAAGCGGCGA